AUUUCACUCUGUGGCGGACGACAAAUACAUUUUCAACAUAUAUCAUUCUUGAAAGGUUUUCCGACGCAACUUCCAAAUCCUGAGCAACCACAAGAAGAUCUGCACUGGCACUUACAUUUACAAACUCGGAAAGAGACCAAAAAUUAACAACAUAACAACAAGAUGGCUUCAGCAAGCUUCAAUAAAAGAUGUUUUAUAGCCGUGAUCAUGAUGAUCGCCAUCGGUGUCAUCUUCGGCGGGAUACUGUCCUUCAUCAACUUCGGAUACACCGUGAAUGGCUUGAUAACCGUUGUUACUGGAGUUUUGAUACUGUUCAUCACAUUACCACUCAGCAUCUUCUUGGCAUGGACACAUCAAAGCAGUUCUGGGGACACAGUUGGUGGUGGGGGAGAGGCUCCCUCGACCCGGGACCCUCCCCCGGAGUACCGGCACACCUGGCGGAAGGAAUACAUCGAAACGAGUCCGGAGCAAAUACGAGAUGAACUCGAGAAGACGCUCAACCAGAAGCCUCCUGGAGAAGCCAAGCACGGGAGCAUCCCUCGCCUAUGGACGAUGGACGUUGAGUUUAAAACUUCCAGGAUCAGCUUGCCCGCUGUGGCGCCAUCUUUUGAAUUAAACAGACAUUCUACAGUUUCUACAGUGUCCCUUGCAAGUGCUCCGCCACUGGGAAGUUCCCAAAAUAGAGGGAGGUCCGCCUCUCAGUGGACGUCGGUUUCGGUUGGGUCUAGAGGGCGAUCGGGAAGUUGCGCCCUCGUACCAGAUGACGUUGACGAGGGAUUGCCAAGCUAUGACGAAGUGCAGAAGUGGUGAAGAACAAACCCAAAGGACGCUGAAGGAAUUGUGCAUAAACUCCUGAGGCAGGUGAAUGUACGAAGCAGAUAAAUCUGUGUCCUUUGUACGUUCUAUGAUAGUACCCGACACUUUCCAAUAUGGCGUUCAUUGAAGUUAUCAUCGUGAUACGGUAGACCAAUGUAGGCCUUGUGAAACAAGGGUGUCAGACACUACAAUAAACUUUGAUUGAAGUUUACUUCUGUCGACUUGACGAAAAAAUGAAUCAGCUUUAGACGAUUUAUCUCAAAUUCGAAAUCUAGAGCUGGUAACACAAAAAGAUUCUCAAUAAAGUGAUAAACGAAUGCCUACGGUAGACGCAUACCAUGGAUGGUGAUCCCGACAAUCAAAAAUGCCCGACAAUCAAAGAUGUUUUUAAGUGAAUAACUAAUUUUGUUAUAUAUUAAGAGGUGAUGGCGAUUAGCAUAUAGUUCUAAUACCCAAAUAUUCUGUUGUCUGUGAUAUUUCUUACCGCAUUAUUUAUUUCUUAAGAUUAAACGUCUGAUCUUGAUUUACCAUAACAUUCAUGAACAAUUUAUGUUUGAGUUUUCUCUCUAUUAGAAUUUUAAGGUGUCUAGUUUUAGAUCAUUUUUACUCUUUUGAAUAUUUGAAAACCUUCAUUUUAAAGUGAAUUUGGAAAA